AUGGCUGAAGGAAUUGGUUUCUCCUUUUUGGGGAAAGCUUUGGGGGGAAUUGGAGAGUAUUUGGUUGCUCCGAUCGGCCAACAGUUUGGUUAUCUGUUUUGCUUCAACAUCAACAUUCAAAAUCUUGAGACUCAAUUGGACAGCCUAAAAGUGACAAGAGAAGGGGUUCAACUAGGGGUGAAUGAAACACGCAACAAUGUCAGAACCGUUGGACCUCAUCUUGAGGCAUGGCUGACUAAAGCAAAUGACAACACAGCAGAGGCAGAGACAAUUAUUAAAGACAAGGCCCAAGUUCAAAAGGGGUGUUUCAAUGGGUGGUGUCCAAAUCUCAAGUUGCGUUACUCACUGGCCAGGAAAGCCGUGAAGAAGACUCAGGAACUUGCUCUUCUCCAUGCUGAGGGUAGCAACUACAUUCAGUCGUCCUACAAUCCACCACCACCAAGCAUAGAACCUAUACCUACAACAACAGAAUUCCAGGGGUUUGAUUCUCGAAUUCUGGUCAUGAACGAGAUCAUUGAGGCUUUGAAAGAUGAUGGGAUCCACCUGAUUGGGAUAUGCGGGAUGGCCGGAGUGGGCAAGGCAACAAUGGCAGAAGAAGUUGCAAAAAGAACCAAAAAUCUCUACAAGGAAUUUCCUAUGGCAGUUGUUAGCCAAGAGCCAGACCUAACUAAGGUUCAAGGGUGUAUUGCAGACAUGUUGGGUCUCAAACUUGAUGACAGGGAGAGCCCAAUAGCAAGAGCAAGUCUCCUACGCAAGAGACUUCUACUAGACAAUAAGAAAAUUCUUGUCAUAUUGGAUGAUGUCUGGGCAGAGUUUGAUCUAGAGGACUUGGGAUUUCCUCUGGGGGGAGGCAGCAACAAGAGUUGUAAGAUCCUUUUCACUUCACGAAAUCGAAAUUUGUGGAAAGGAAUACAAAAUAAAAGGUUUAUCCAACUUCAAGUCCUAGUGGGGGACGAACCAUGGCAUCUCUUUAGAAAGAAGGUAGGCGAUUGUGCUGACAACCUUGAUCUGCUACCACUUGCAAAAGAUAUUGUAAAUGAAUGUGGAGGUUUACCACUUGCCCUCGUAACUAUGGGAAGUACACUUAUGAAUGAACACAACCAAUAUCACUGGAAAGAUGCACUUCGACAACUAAGAACCCCUUGUUCAGAAAGUUUGUUGUCAGAAGUGCCUGCAAAAGUGUAUCAAGCUCUAUAUUUUAGUUACAAUUUUCUAAAAGAUGAGAGAACCAAGAAGUUGUUUCUGUUCUGUUGCUUGUUUCCAGAAGACUUUAAUAUUCAUAUUGAAGAUUUGGUUAGAUACGGAAUCGGAUUGCGGUGGUUUGAAGACAUCGACAAAGUGGAUGAAGUAAGAGAUCGAGUGAAUGUCUUAGUUGAUCAACUUAAAAGUUGUUAUUUACUGUUGGAUGGUCGUUUUGAGGGGCAGAUAAAAAUGCAUGAUGUAGUGCACGAUGUCGCCAUAUCAAUUGCGGCUAAAGAUAAGCAUGGUUUUAUGACAAUCCAUGGUGCCAAAUAG